AUGUCAAGAUUAUUUUUUAAUCAUCUUAAUUCUUUUAACAAAAAAUCAAAAAUCAAAAAUCAUUUUUGUUACUCUGUCAAUUAUCGUUGGUCUUCUAAUUCUAAUUCUCCUGCUCGUAAUUAUGGCGUAUGUUUAGAUAUUGAUGGGGUUCUUAUUAAAGGCACAAAUGUUAUACCAGAGACGAGAGAAGCUCUUAGAAUUCUAAAAGGUGAAAAUAAAUUAAAAAAAAUAAUUCCUUUUAUAUUAUUAACAAAUGGUGGCGGAGUUACUGAACGUAAGAAAGCUAUUGAAUUAUCAGAUAUGUUUGGAAUUCCUAUAUCGGAAGAACAAAUUGUAUUAGCGCAUUCACCAAUGAGAUCUUUAACAUCGACAUUUAUGAAUUCAAAUGUUUUGGUGAUAGGCGGAUAUAAAUAUUCUUGUAGAGAGGUUGCUGAAAGCUAUGGAUUUAAUAAAGUCAUAUUACCAAAUGAUGUGAUAGCUUGGGAUCCAAGUAUUUGUCCAUUUUCCCAGCUCGAAGAUCAAGAUUACAAAUAUGUUAAGAAAAUAGAUUUAUCAAAAGAACCAAUAGAAGCAAUCAUGGUAUUUCACGAUAGGGGAAGAGAUAUACAAAUAAUGGUUGAUGUGCUACGUAGUAAGAACGGUUAUAUUGGUACUUUGUGUACUAAAGAUGAACUAAUAUUAAAACAAAUUCCUUUAUUUUUCUCAAACCCUGAUAUUAUAUGGACAAAUAAUUUUACGUUACCAAGAUUUGCUCAAGGUGCAUUCAGAAAAAAUUUUGAAGUAUUAUUUAAAUGUUUGACAGGUCAUGAUCCCAAAUAUGUAUCAUUUGGUAAACCUGAAACUAUAACUUAUAAAUAUGCAGAAAAACUGUUGGAAAACUAUGCUUAUAAAUCAACCGGUUCAAGACUUACUAAUCAUGAUGAUGUUGUUCGUAAAGAGAGUGAAAGGAGAAGAGUUUAUGAUAAUCCUGAUUCAGGAGCAAAUGAUUAUAAUUGGAUAUCGAUAUUGGUUAAAACAGGUGUAUAUCAGGGUAUUGAUAACCAUGCUAUAAAUCCUGCUAAACAUAUUGCUGAUAAUGUAUUAGAGGCAGUUAAAUGGUUAUUUAAUCAAGAAGAAAAUCUAUAA